AUGCCGCGCGCGGAGGUUGGCAGCAUUAAACAUCUUUCCAAUAAGCUGAAGUCCAAGGGUCUACAGCGCCUACGAUGGUAUUGCCAGGUAUGCGAACGACAAAUGCGCGAUGAGAAUGGUUUCAAAUGCCACACUCAAUCCGAGUCGCAUGUUCGCCAGAUGCUCCUAGUGGGCGAAGACCCCAAGAAAUUCAUAGCAGGCUACUCCAACGACUUUCUCCGGGAUUUCCUUCAGUUAUUACGGACUUCUCAUGGAGAGAAGCAAGUCAAUAUCAACCACUUCUACCAGGAGUAUAUUGCGAAUAAGGAACAUAUUCACAUGAACGCCACAAAAUGGUCAAGCUUAACGGAGUUUGCAAAACACUUGGGCCGGGAAGGGAUAUGUCGCGUGGAGGAGGGAGAGAAGGGGAUCUUUAUUUCAUGGAUUGAUAAUAGCCCGGAAGCGCUGAGAAGACAAGACGCCAUUCGCAAAAAGGAACGACAGGAUCGUGGAGAGGAAGAACGUGAGAGGAAGUUAAUCGAAGAACAAAUCAAAAGGGCCCAUAGGGAUAAAGAAACUACAGGUGAAAAUGGCGAUGAUUUAGAUACCGUGAAAGAGUUGCAAAGGGUAGAAGGUGAAAAAAUAAAGCUGAAUUUUGCUAUGAAAACUACACUCCUACAGAAUUUCACCCCAACAGACUCUCAGGGUGAUUCCGAUCUAUCAUCCUUGAAAGAAAAGGUGUCAGACUCCUCAUUGUUGCCGACUGCUCCUGGUCCACCAAAGCAAAAAGCCCCAACAAAACUUGGAUCGACAUCCACUUCGAAACCAAAAAAUGUUUUUGCGUCAAUGUCGAAAAAAACAGCAAGCCCGAAAAGUUCGGAUGCGCCAUCUAGGCCUCUUAGCGCCAUUGAGAAAGUUAUGAAGGAAGACAUGGAGCGAAAACGAGCUAGAGGCAGUAAUUCAUUCGGGACUUCAAACACUAAACGUCAAAAGAUACUGUAA